UUCGUCGUUAUUCAUGGAAACUGCACUUUGUUUUUUAUAACUGAAAUAUCGAUCAUAUUCAAGCUUUAGUCAUACAGAGAAUACCAGCAUCAUUUCUUUUUUUCUUUUUUAAUCCUCAUUUACACUCUCAAGCAAACAAUUCCAUUCCAUAGCCCUGGGGAAAAAAUCCCACCAUGGAAACUCCUUCAGAUGAAAACAACAAGAUCAGAGAACCCUUCCUUUCUUCCUCUCCAUCAAAGGGUGGUUUCAGAACACUGCCUUUCAUCUUAGCAACGGAGGCUUUUGAAAGGGUGGCGACUAUUGGGUUAUCACCGAAUAUGAUAGUGUAUUUGAGGAGAGAAUUCGGCAUGGAAACAGCUAAAGCUGCUAACGUGAUCUUCUUUUGGUCAGCUGCUACCAACUUCACUCCGAUCAUUGGUGCUUUUAUUGCCGAUUCUUAUAUGGGAAAGUACCGUAUGAUCGGAUUCGGAUCCGUCCUUUGUUUUCUGGGGAUGAUUCUAUUAUGGUCAACAGCCAUAAUUCCACAAGCAAGGCCAUAUUGCGACCAAUUCAACACCAUUUGUGAAGCCCCGACAACACCCCAACUUCUACUCUUAUAUUGUUCAUUAGGCCUAAUCUCUAUCGGAGCCGGUGGCAUAAGAUCGUCGUGCAUGGCCUUUGGUGCCGAUCAAUUGGAUAAGAGAAACAACCCGGAAAAUACAAAAACUUUACAGAGUUUCUUCGGCUGGUACUAUGCUACUAUCACGUUUUCAGCUCUAAUUGCUGUAACUUUGAUCGUUUAUGUUCAAGAUACUUUGGGGUGGGGAAUGGGUUUCGGGAUACCUGUAAUGUUGAUGUUCGGUUCAGCUGUUUCUUUCUUCUUAGCAUCUUCGUUUUACAUCAAGUUGAAAGCUAAGACAAGCUUACUCACUGGUCUGGCUCAAGUUAUAGUGGCUUCUUUCAGAAACAGGCGCAUUGAGUUACCGUCUCAUGCCACUAAUGAAGUUUACCAUAUUAGAAAGGGAUCGAUGCUCCAAGUGCCAAGUGAAAAACUAAGGUUUCUGAAUAAAGCUUGCGUGAUAAAAGAUCCUCAAGAGGACUUAACCUCGAAUGGAGAUGCUUCAAACCCAUGGAGUCUUUGUACAGUAGACCAAGUGGAGGAUCUAAAAGCAUUGAUCAGAGUAAUGCCGCUUUGCUCUGCCGGAAUCAUGAUGUCCGUCAACGUUUAUCAAAGCUCAUUUAUGGUAAUUCAAGCAGGCACCAUGGACAGGCACGUAACUCCAAACUUCGAAAUCCCAGCAGGUUCAUUCAGCAUGUUUAUGAUGAUCUCUAUAGUUGUAUGGAUCCCCUUCUACGACCGGAUAGCUCUUCCUUUAGCUUCAAAGAUUAAAGGAAAACCAGUUCGUCUAGGUUUAAAACAAAGGAUGGGGAUUGGUCUUCUUUGCUCUGGUUCAUCCAUGGUAGCAUCCGCAAUUAUAGAGUAUACUCGACGGAAAAUCGCGAUCGAAGAAGGACUUUCCGAUGAACCGGCAGCAGUUGUGCAUAUGUCUGCACUAUGGAUACUGCCGUUUUAUAUCCUAGGUGGCUUGGCUGAGCCCUUCAAUGGAAUUGGACAGAUUGAAUUCUGUUACUCCGAAUUACCGAAAACCAUGUCGACCAUUGCGGCCAAUAUUUACGGAUUCGGAACCUUCAUUUCGAACCUGGUGGCGAGUUUUAUAACAAGCAUGGUUGACAAUGUUACUAAAAGAGGAGGUGAAAGUUGGAUUUCAAGCAACAUGAACAAAGGGCAUUAUGAUUACUAUUAUUGCCUUCUUGCUGGCUUGAGCAUGCUUAAUUUUAUCUACUUUCUGGCUUGCUGCAAAGCUUACGGCCCUUGCCAUGGAGAUGACAAAAACCAGGCAGAGAAAUCCAAAAAAGGAGAUUAUGAGAGCAUAGAUGAUAGUUAAGUUCCUUAGUAUACAGUAAGAUACAUGUGAUGUCUAAUGAAAAUCUUAUUGUCUUGAUUGAGUACUACACAGAGAUAAAAGUUUUCAGAACUAAA